GGACGGGAACAACAGCCCUGAGGAGUCCAGGCUGCUGUGGAGUAGUCAGGUGGCCAGGCCCAGGAGUAAAUGCAGCAGUGGAGUAUGCUGGAUGACGGGAGAAAAACCCGUAUUGAUCUGCGUCUUUUCACAGCCGGGGGUCAAGAGAUUCAGCUCAAAUGCGCUCCCGAAGUGGACAACAGAUGCAUGUGUGGCUGGCCUCGCACGAGGGAAAGCGACGCUGCCAAAUCUCCGGAAGCUGUCGACCGACGGAGGACUGCGGUGGCGCAUCGGCAGCGGCAGCGGCAGCAACGCUCACUUGCUCACAUGUGCGAUCACGCGCCGUCAGGCCAAACAAAUCCCGCUUUCCAACUGCGCGACGCCUCCCUUGUCCCGAUUCCAAAUCGCCAUGACUGCUGCCGGCCACCGACGACCCAGACGAUGGACGCGCCUCCGCGAGCGACGACACCACGCUGUUGCCGCCGCCGCUGCCCGUCUCUAGGUCGCCCCAGUCCGCCUCGCUCCCGCUCUUCCGCUCGACCCCUCCAUCUGCUUUGUCGUCACCGGAUCACAGGGUAGCGGAGCUGCAUGUGUGGCGCCUAGGCGCUCGGCGUCACACUGCAGCAUAUGCAACGCCCGAGCCUUAGGCGUCACACGGCCGGGGGUGGGCCCUGCAGCGCUAGCGUGACCCUUUUGUGUGGAGCCGAUGGUUUACGCGUCACAUAGUGUAGUGUGGCGUCUACGCGUCGGACGCCACACAAAAGAGUCAGCUCGGUGAAAUUUUUUUCAGCUAGGUUCAGUCUGUGAAUUUAUUCUACAAAGAGGUUAAAUUUGUUCAUUUUGCCUUGCAGUGUAACCUGCUGUACGUGCGCACAUGCAUGUAGGUGUGCAUAGACCAAUUAAUACAAUAUGGUUGCUACCUA